AUGGACAUAGUUGGAAUGGUCACUCGUUUACCAACACUUGUGUUUGGUGCUUCACGAUGUGAUGAUAGUUUUGCCGAUCGGCUAUCAUACAAAUAUACUGUAUUAAUGCUUGUCGUAUUUGCUAUCAUUGUUACUAACAAACAAUUUGGAACAAAACAUAUUCAGUGUUGGGUUCCAGCGCAGUUUACAAAAAAUUAUGAAGAUUAUGUGAACGAUAUUUGUUGGGUUUCGAACACGUAUUAUAUUCCGCUCGAUGAAAAAGUACCCAAAAUUGAUAGCGUUCGUAGGCAAAAUGAACUGGUAUGUACAUUUUUAAUACCAUUUUGUUUUUAUUUUCCACAUCUUGUGUGGCGCUCACUAUCACGGCGAAGUGGUAUUGACGUUCGAGAUAUCAUCGAUGCUGCAAUUAAUUAUAAAUCGGUUGAUACAGCAACGAAAGACGAUAAUCAUAAAACAGAACUAAUGGAAUACAUUGUAGAAGCUAUUGAUAAAUAUGUGGAUGAUCCUCGACGUCAACCUGAUGAACGCGGAACAAAAAUUAGUAUAAAACGUUUAUUUAUGACAAUCUGCAUUUUUUUAGGAAAAUAUCUAGGUAAUUAUUUAAUUAUUGUAUAUUUUACAACGAAAGCAUUAUAUAUUACAAAUGCCGUUUGUCAAAUAUUUUUAUUAAAUCUGUUUCUUGGCCAAAAAUUUCAUCUAUUUGGUAUACAAGUUGUUAAACGUAUUAUUGAAGGAAAAGGCUGGGAUACAAAAUCAAUUUAUUUUCCAAAAGUGACACUAUGUGAUUUUCAAAUACGUGAAGCAUUACAUCCAAGAGAUUCUCAUCGUUAUACUGUUCAAUGUGUAUUACCAUUGAAUCUUUUUUCGCAGCAGUCAAUAUUUGAUGUCAUCGUAUGGGUUACACGCUUCUUCCCGGAUAAACAAUAUAAUUAUAUUAAACGUCGUCUUCAAUUGAUGAAACGUGAUACUGAUUUUAAUCAACAACCACCCGAAUACGUUCAAGGAUGGUACAAAGAAUUUAUAUUUGGUUAUUUGGAACCGGAUGGAAUAUUUAUGUUACGAUUAUUGUCAUCAAAUACAAGUGAUUUUGUUUGUACGGAAGUUAUUAACCAAUUAUGGCAAGCCUACUAUCAUAAAGAUAUUAAAGAAAUCUCACGUAAACGUCGACGAGAAUUAGGGGGUGACGUGUAUGUUCCUCCGGUACAACGACAAGUAUCCGAGCCACCAGAUUUAACAGAAUCCUAUGAUACAAUUCGUCGACGAGCUAAUUAUCCAUCGCCAUCGCCCAUUUCAAACGGUGGUAUGCCCCUAUUUUCGUCGUCAAAAAAUGCAGGUACAUCAUCGUAUAAAAAUUUAUUACAACGAAAACGGAUUGACGUGUGUAAUUAUAAUAAUUUGCAUGUUAAGGUGCAAAACAAAUUUGUUUUACCAUCAACGUUACCACCCUCCUUCUUAGCCGAUACAACACUACCGGGAGCAGUUGGCAAUGCGUUUUCUAUGUCAAGGGAUAAUGCAGUUUUGACGGGGAUGUCAAUGCCCUCGUUAAUUUCCGGUGUACCUGUAGCAAAAACAUUCUUACCAUCGAUCCAAACGAUAAAUGCACCAACUUCAUCUUCGACAAUUGCUGCUCCUUUAACAAUAACUGGUAAAGCCAUAGAUAUAUUUGUCUUUUAG